AUACUAAGAGAAAAGCGAGUUAUCGCUGUCUCACUCUAUCGCUCUUGUUGUUUCUAUUUCAUUGGGUUGGAAAAUUAAUAGUUUUUCCUGUUCAAUCAAUUACCAAAAGCUGAAACAGUUUCAUUGUUUUACCAUGUCUUUAUGUCCCCUAGUGACAAAACAAAUACACCACGCACAAGGGGGGAGUGCAUCCAAGUGUCUGCAAUAAUGUGGCGAUUUGUACGUCAUGUUCAAUCAUGGGGUCUUGGCAGGAGCACCUUAUCCCCACAACAAUUCGGUGCGCUGAGUGUUGAGCGGUAAAAGUUGCAAUGGAUCUGGUCGGCCAUUCAUUCGCUGGCGAUUGGAAGGAACGGCUAUCGCGUUUCGGUGUUCAUAGUGAGUUGUGUUUAGAGGUACCUCAUGUUGCUAGCGCCGUAGUGUUUCACCUACCGUAUCCAGAUCGUCGAUGAGUGCAGACGGAGUGCGCAUUCCGUGUACGGUUAGGGAAGCGAUUUUCGUUACUGCUUCUACGUGCAAUACGGAAGUGAGAAGCUUAGUAAUCGAGAAUCGAAAGGAGUAAAUCUGCGCCAUGCAGUUAUUGAGGAUGCCCCGUACCAGACUGUGAUUCGUUUUCAGUGUUGAUGUGCAUUUACGAAAACAAAUCUCUCAGUCCGAAACCAAACAGUACACACCACUAGUCCGGAUUUUCAUAGCGAAAGUGAGUACAAAUUACUCGUACAUAUGUGGGGGCUAGAUUUUGUCCUGUUUCAAACGAAAAUUUGCAAAGCAUUCGUCGCACGGGCAAAGGACGAACAAUCAUAACAAAGCCCUGUCAAAUAGGGCUAGAACAAACGAGUGAAGAAGAAUGCAAGCACAGAAACUGCAGUGUGAAGAGAACAGCAUGCAAAAGUGUCAAAAACGCAGUACUAGAACGAAUGAAUGAGCACCGUACAAUCGAACGGGAUAAUUUGUAAAACUAGAGGGAGAGCGAGAGAUACACGUCCCAAACAGUGUGUGCGAAACGGAGAGCGCCAAUAGCACAGUGGGUGCAUACGUGCUAGAGAUGCCAUCAGUGUCAAAGUGUGACAGAAGGAGAGAGCAAGACAAGUGAAUCUGUGGUCACAGCUGAGCGAAGAAAAUUGUCUGCAUAAUCACACCGACCAGAACGGGGGAAUCAAUUGCAACUGACCGAUAGUUUCGUCGGACUGCAUCAUCGUCCUAGAUCCUGCGGGUGAUUCACUCCUGUUCCUGUGUGUGUGUGUGUCAUCACUUUUGUCGAGUCUUCCCUUCUGCACACGGGAUUUUGGCUAAGGCAUGUUGUUCCUCUUCCAAUAACAUCCGUCGCCGAUAAGCGUACCGGAGAAAACAGAACACGCCGUUUACCAGACAAUAGAAAUCAUCAACAGCCCGCUCCCAUAUUCAACGCGGCAUAAAACCUGACCUGUGCAGCAUUUUCCCCACGUGAAGACCGCUGCUGUAAAGCGCAUCGGAAACGUAAAGAAUAGAAGGACUGUCCUGUGUCGGGGCAGCGAGCAAAAUCUGUGAACCGUUGUUGACGUCACCGCGAUAGCAUCUACCGACCGAAAGGCAGAAAGGCUGAAGAUAUUGCGACCGCAGGCUCAGUCUCAUCGGAACCGUGCUGCGGUGAAGAAGUGUGUGCCACGUUUGUCUCCGUCGCCGGUUUUUUCGUUGUCUGUGUUGGUGGGGGUUUCGUGUUGUCCGCGUUUGCUUCGCACAGUUCAGCCCGUUUCACGCACGCACUUACGCAUGCUCGUUCGCAUACAACGUGACAUAUUCGGUGCUCGCGACUCUCAGUAUCGCACUCUCAGUGAGACCUGUGGCCCUCGGCACGGUUGCCUGUGUUUGCUCUCUUUCGUAUGCCCGGAUGUGAACCUUCCGUGCGGACAACCGAAUUACGACCGAAACUGUGCCCAAGUGGGGAUGAUCCGUGGCUGCUGCAGCCGCCCAAGCAUCAUCGUGCCAUCCGCCGCGUGGUGAUAGUUGAGCGGGCAGGAAAGCGAAGAGCGUAGGAAAACCGAAGUAGAAAGCCAAAUAGUAACAAAGAGUGUCUUGCGCGAGUUUUUCCAUUUCCGGUUCAAAGCUCAAUACAAUCCUAGUGCUUCGCAUGCUGGUGGGGGCUAGUACGCUGGAGUCCAAAGUCCAAUGCGCCAUGCAGAUGAUUUUCUAAUUUUAUACCGCUUUUUCGAGAGGACCUGUUCGCGUUCGCAGCCAACGGGUUUUAUUUUUCAUUUUGAUAGUGCGUGGAUGUGCGUGAAUGAAUGUUGGUAGUAGUUAGGCGUAGUGUGCAUCGGGUGCGAUCAUCAGCCACCAAUCCGUUCGUCCUGUGCGUGUGGCAGCACUUAUGUGCUGUGCAGUGUUGAAAAUUUAAGACAAAGGUCAAAGCCACGACCCUUUGGCACGUGUGUGUGUAUCGUGCCGCACGGUACCGAACCUCGUACGACAGACUUGACAGCAUCCGCCGCAACCAUGCGUCUGGGACGUUUGUUUCGUGCGCACGGCGAAUUCUGCGCUUCCCACCCGUGGGAGGUGAUCAUCGGGCUGGUCUCUCUGACCGCCUGCGUCCUCUCGAUCGAUAAGAACAAUAACGUUGCACAAACGGCAGAUGAUCCCGAGCAGUUGCGUUCGUGCACUAGCUGGCGCUAUGGACAGCGUACGGUCGAUGGAGGGAUGUGCGAGGAACCUACUCGAAACAUCAUCGACAUCAUUCUAAUGAUGCUGGUGCGCUGCACGGCCAUUUUAUAUAUUUACUAUCACUUCUGUCAUCUGCAGAAGCUAGGAUCGAAGUAUAUACUAGGUCUGGCCGCGCUGUUUGCGCUAUUUUCCAGCUUCAUCUUUACUACCACCGUGUUAAACAUCCUCGGUUGUGAAAUAUCCGAUCUAAAAGACGCGCUGUUCCUUUUUCUGCUGCUGAUUGACCUGUCGAGGGCCGGCAUUCUGGCACAGUUGGCACUGUGCGGUGCCAACCAGUCUGAGGUAACGACCAACAUUGCGCGCGGCAUGGAAGUGUUCGGACCGGCAAUGUCGCUCGACACGCUCGUCGAAGCGCUGGUGAUUGGCGUGGGGACACUUUCCGGUGUACAGCGGCUGGAACUGCUGAGCGGUUUUGCCGUGCUUUCCGCACUAGUCAACUACAUCGUCUUCAUGACCUUCUACCCGGCCUGUCUAUCGCUGAUACUGGAGCUAACGCACAAUGGCCGCAAUGGGGUACAGCAGCUUAACGGUGAAAGACUGAUCAGGCACAUGCUGCUGCAGGAGGACUGCAAACCGAAUCCAGUCGUACAGCGCGUCAAGGUGAUUAUGUCCAGUGGGCUGUUCGUCGUGCACGUCAUGAGCCGGUUUCCUAACUCGGACAAAGAGUCGGACGCGGCCGAACAGAUCAUUGCGUCACGGGCCCACGAGCAUCUGGCCGCAAUGAACAAGACGGAUACGAGUGAAUUCUCCGAAAUGAUCAUGCACUUGCUGUCAUUCAGUCUAGAGCAGAUCUUUACGUACAUUCUCAUCAUCACACUCGGUGCCAAAUUUUUGCUGUUCGACCGUUACCACCUCUCUGAUCAUCUAAUACAUGCUGUAGCAAAUGAACAGGAAGUAGCCGCAGCUGCGGCACUGAAUGAAAGUAGACAGCAAAAACAAGGACCACCGGCCAUCAGUACACCGCCGGUUACAUUCACUCUGGCCGAAACCGUCAUGGUGGAGGAAAAAGCCACCCAAAGUGAGUUGAGUAUGAUCGGAAAUGAUCGAAUCGGGCGCAAGGUGCGAAAGCACACGUUGGUGGAACAGAAUGCGGAAGGUGAGCAGCUGCACGAAACGGCGAGCGACGAUGAUGAGGAACAGGUUCUGCUCGACAGUGAGGAAGACGAGGUUGAGCGCGAGCCACGACCAUUGGAGGAGUGUGUUCAGAUAUUGCAGUACGAUGGACAUGGCAAGCGGUUGACCGACACCGAGGUGGAAAUGAUUGUACGCGGUUGUCGUAGUGUAUGUCCGCUAUAUAAAAUCGAAAAAAUUAUUGAUGACGCUGAGCGAGGAGUUCGUUUGCGUCGUUCGAUGCUGCUGAAGGAUGCAGGAUGUAAUGCUGGAUUGUUGAAAGAAUUGCCGUACCUCAACUAUGACUACUCGAAGGUAAUGGAUGCGUGCUGCGAAAAUGUGAUCGGAUACGUGCCGAUUCCAGUUGGGUAUGCUGGGCCGCUGCUGCUUGAUGGCAAGAAAUACUUCGUACCGAUGGCGACUACCGAGGGUGCCCUCGUGGCCAGUACAAAUCGCGGCUGCAAAGCCGUCUCGAUCUGUGGCGUUACGAGUUAUUGUGAGGAUAUCGGAAUGACACGUGCCCCAUGCGUUCGGUUUCCGAAUGUACUGCUAGCGGCUCAAGCCAAACGAUGGAUGGAAUCAGAGGUAAACUUUCAGCGUAUUAAGAAAGCAUUCGAUUCGACCAGUCGGUACGCUCGCCUACAGGACCUGUACAUUGCCAUGGAUGGGCCGGUGCUGUAUAUUCGGUUCCGCGCUUUCACCGGCGAUGCAAUGGGCAUGAACAUGCUGUCGAAGGGUACGGAAAAGGCUUUGCGCGAAAUUCAAACCGUUUUUCCCGAGAUGGUGAUCAUUUCACUCAGCGGCAACUACUGCUCGGAUAAAAAAUCAGCUGCCAUCAACUGGAUCAAAGGGCGCGGCAAGCGUGUCGUUUGUGAAACGAUCGUCCCGGCCGACAAACUAGAGCUGAUCUUUAGAACAAACGCACGUACACUGGUGCAGUGCAAUAAGCUGAAGAACAUGACCGGAUCGGCCGUAGCAGGUAGCAUAGGAGGCAAUAAUGCGCACGCGGCCAACAUGGUUACUGCCAUCUUCAUCGCGACCGGACAGGAUCCGGCCCAGAACGUUACCAGCAGCAACUGCUCGACCAACAUGGAAACGUGUGGUGAGAUGGGUGAGGAUCUGUACAUCACCUGCACGAUGCCAUCGCUCGAGGUAGGAACGCUUGGUGGAGGAACCGGACUGCCCGGACAGGGAGCUUGUCUCAAUUUGCUCGGUGUGCGCGGUUCCCAUCCGACGAAUCCGGCUGAAAAUUCCAAACAACUGGCCCGCAUCAUCUGUGCCACAGUGAUGGCCGGAGAACUGAGUCUUUUGUCGGCAUUGGUCACUAGCGAUCUAGUCAACAGCCAUAUGCGACACAACAGAUCAUCGGUAGCAAUAAAUCCAAAUUUGCAUCCACCAACGCCGGCGCUAGUGAAGCCUGCGAAGGAAGGAGAAGCAAGUACAUCCUCUUAACGACUAGCCGCCCAACGGGCAGUGACGAGAUGACACUCGAUGCGACAAGGAUCAAGCACUCAUUUCCACACGCUUCAACGAACGGUUCACUAUCAUUCUGCCAAACACGUAACUGGAAAUCGAUAGUAACCGAUGGGAACACAUACAUGAAAGUAUAGGUCUAUAAUUUAUUCUAACAAAAGAAAAAUCAUGAAGAAAAUGAAUAGUAGGAUGUGGUUUAUACGGCGGAUAGUUUUUGCCCAUUGUUGCUCAAUUCCGAUACCGUGCCGAGGAAUGAGAGAGAUACGGCGCAGGAUGCUGAAACAUAUGGGAAGCCUUAGAAUUUGACUAAGGCAACUGCAAAGAAAUGGAACACUAUUCACAUUAGUUUAAGGAUAAUUUUGCAUAGAUUGUAAAUAGCAUUCUAGUAAGUUGGCUUGGCUUCCAUAAGCACAAACAAACAAAAAACAAACAAAACAAACAAACAAACAAACAAACACAAACAAAACAAGCAUCGCGAUCUUCUACUUAUCCUGUUCGCUGAGUUCAAGCGCGAACAGGUAAACGGUAGUACAUUAGUAGCUUUAAGGAAAAAUAAAUUCAUGCAUGUAGAAGAAGAAGUUAACAAAAAAACGAAACAAUUACACAAGAAACAAACAUGCGACAGAACAGUGCAACAGUAGCCUCAGUUUGUCGCUCGUGACGGGUCCGUUUGCACUUUUAUCUCACUAUGAACAAACAGUUUCCAAUGCAACUUUUUCCGUACUUUCGGCGAGAUAUGUAUAUUUAAGCCAAAACGUGUAACGCAAAAAGAAGCAGUGCAAACUGUUAUACAAAGGAGCAAACGUAAACGGAGUGCAACGAAAUUGAGACUAGAAACCUCUACAAAUCAACAGACUAGGUAAGGGAUGAUUUUAUUUCAUACGGAUGGUGUACUUACUGUUUAGUUAAGCCAUUUUCCGGGGUUACGUAGUACACCGGCUCGUAGAGGUUCUUUAUUUCCUGCCGCAAUCUAGCACAGAACGGGGUUCUUUAUUACCUUAUUGCCAACAAUAUUCGUUCCUUAGUACGUUUAACGUCAUAAGGCCAAUUAGAUGCCUCGUGCACGCCACAACGCUUGAUUACCAUUACCUGCGGCGGCGGCAGUCGAUCGAUUUGCUAGGUAGAUCGUUUUUGUUACCACGAUCUAUUGUUAUACACUGUUUGUAAAAGGCGCACGGUGAUAACUAGGACGAAUCGUCUGCCGCCGGUCCUUAGAAACCGUUGUGGCCUGGACGGAAAGUCUAUUGGAAAGUGGCGUUUUACGCGUUUUAACAGUCGAAAUUGACCGAUCAAACAGUAUAACCGGUUAAGCAGCACCACAAAUAAGGACCCAACCCGGUCUGUGUUACAAUCUCUACGGGAGCCUAUUCAACUACGGAUAAUCCAAGUCACACUGUGCGAACCACACUUUAAGCAUGGCGGGACAAAAUCGACAGCGGUUGUAUAACCAAUUAAGGAAGAAAGGAAGAGUAACUUUAAAGUGCAAUACUAGCUGCAAGGCUCGUAUUCAUCAAAACAAACGCGAGAGAUAGAGACGAGGAGACAUUUUUGUAAGCUAGGUUUCCCGAUAGUUUUUCAUCAUUUCUAUAUUUGUGUCCUUUUUUGUCGUCUGCAGUUGGUGUAGCAAAGCAAAGGUUGAGCCUGGUAUAAAAAUACUUUAGUUGAAAGGAUGCAACUGAUAUCUAAAGUUAUUGACACAGAGGGCGAAUAGUUUUGAUCGAAGAGCAGGAAAAAGUAGGAAAUAUUGAGUUUUUGUUUUAAAAUAGCAAUCUUUACCCAUGUUUCAAACUGGUACUCUAAAUAAAGCGCUUCGUAAACCAGA